AAAAAAAGAAAUGCCUGGGAGCACAGGGAAGUGUUGUACAAUGUCAGAUGAAGGACAGUACUGUCUUCAUUUCACCUUGAGCUGCAUUGGCUGCUGUUGUUUUUCCACAGUGAAUCUUUGCAGCUUCGUGAAAAACAAACAAAACAUUCAUCCGAGAGAGAGAGAGAGAGAGAGAGAGAGAGAGAGAGAGAGAGAGAGAGAGAGAGAGAGAGAGAGAGAGCCAGCAAACUCUGCUCAGCGGCUGCCACACUGUCAGGAGGAUAUAUUUCUUUCCCUUUUCCCAGUUCACCAAAGUGUCUGGGUUCUCCAGAAUGGCUUGCAAAACUUUCCAGGUCCUUGACCCCUGCCAGGUUUACGUGAUGGCCUCCCGCUUCUUAAAGAAAUGGUUUCUCUUAUGCGUGUAUGUGUUUGCCGGCAGGUGUGGAUGUACCACUUGCACGCCUGGUGCCUACAAGUCCAGAGGAGGACAACCGAUCGUCUGGAGUGACAGGUGGUGCUGAGCCACCUGAUGUGGGUGCCACGAACAGAACUUUGUCCUCUGUUGAGCCAUCUCUCCAGGCGCCCCGCCACUGCCCCCUUUGAGAUAGGGAACACUCUUAGAGGAGGCCAGUUUGGAACUCACAGUGCAGCUCAGGCUGGCCUCGAAACUGCAGCGAUCCCUCUGCCUCAGUCUCCUCAGUGCUGCGAGGACACUUGCGGCUCGGUUUUCAUGCACUUUCAGUCAUCCGAAGGAUAGCCUACGCUGAGGCGGCUCGAGCCUGGGGCUCAUGGGCUCCACUUACGGGGUCAGGAACCUCUAGGGCCUACGCCUGUCUGCUUGGAGAAAAGCUCCUGCGUGUUCACCUCCAAGGACUUGCUUCUGCCUCAGACAGUCGAGUGUUUGCACGCAGAACCUGAUUCCAUCCUCGGUCUCCCUUAGAGACACCCCCUAGUCACCAGGACCGAGGCCAACCCAACCCCAUGGACCCCCACAGCCCCAACAAGGCCAGCGCGAUCAUAUCCUCUGCGCAUGCUCACACCCGUCUCUGAUUGGUCGCUUAGGAGCGUGGGGAUGUUUUCCCAGGAUGCUCUGCGCUGCUGUCAUGUCUGCCCCCGUGUGCCUGUCUCCUCACAGGGGACGCUAGUCCUGUGGGUGUCUGGACGGUACCCGUGGCCACCAGACGCCGGCGACUUUGGUCCCUGCUCCUUUCGCUUCCUCCUCCCCCGUGGGACCCUCGCGGGACCCCGAAUUGGGUCCAGUGAUGCCGGGGGUGACGUGGACUCCGGAGCGGGCGCUUCUGAGGGGCUUCUCCACGGAGGCCGAGCGGCUGUUGUGCCAGCAGGAGGGGCGCCUUGGCUCAGAUAUUGGAGUUUUCUUAGACUUGCUGUUGGAAGGGAGCUAUGAAGCCAUGUUCUUACAUUCAUUGACACGAAAUAUAUUCAACUCCACAAUGAUGGCUGGAGAAAAGAUUGACAGCUACCUGGAGAAGCAGAUAGUAAAUUUCCUGGAUUGCUCUACGGAUUUGGAAGACUUUGGAAGGGGAGAGCGCGAACACAGUCCCCCACUACCACAAAUUAUGCAGUCGAGUUUCCUGCAUUUGGGGAAAUCACAGGGGUCAGCACAUCCGGAGUGCAAUGGAUAAGCCUCGCCCUGGGAAAACCACCUUCGUGAUCACGGUAUCUCCCCUGCCAGCAUACUAUCCUGUCUUCGUCAUGUACUAGAAGUGACCCAGGAGAAGCCCGGACUGGGAACGCAGCGCUGGGGGAACACAGAGAUCCCGAUACAUCUUCCCCUUCAAAGAUGUCUGUCCCACAUCCACAUCUGUGGUAGAGGAAUAAAGAUGCAACGUGACUCGCUAGCCUAGGCCCCUGCAGCUGUGACCUCCUCUACCACGAUGGACCAAUGGAUCAUAUCCUUGGUUGAUGAUAUUGGAGUUUUUUUAGACUUGCUGUUGGAAGGGAGCUAUGAGGCCAUGUUCUUACAUUCAUUGACACGAAAUAUAUUCAACUCCACAAUGAUGGCUGAAGAAAAGAUUGACAGCUACCUGGAGAAGCAGAUAGUAAAUUUCCUGGGUUGCUCUACGGAUUUGGAGGAAAUUGAAAGACAGCAGCUGGUUUUCCUACUUGGUGUGAGUAGCUUGCAGUUGUUUGUUCAGAGCAACUGGACUGGGCCUCUCGUGGACUUGCACCCUCAGGAUUUCUUACCACCUGUUCUGCUUGAGCGGUUUAGUGAGGUCAAAGGACUGGAUGCUAUUAUUCUGGGCCUGCUCAUUCUAGACGGUGAAUCCAUCUACAGCCUGGCCUCGGAACCCAUACUGCUGUUAAUAGCACGCAUUGUGCUGGUGAACGUCAGACAUAAACUAACAGCUCUCCAGAGCUUGCCGUGGUGGACUUUGCGAUAUGUGAAUAUUCACCAACAGUUGCUGGAGGAGCGCUCGCCUCAGCUCUUUGCUCUUGCUGAAAGCUGUAUUGAUCAAGUGAUGAAACUAGAGAAUUUAUUUGAAGGUGAUUCAGGCCGACUUUUAGCUAUUCAGUUCCAUCUGGAAUGUGCACAUGUAUUUUUAUAUUAUUAUGAAUAUAAAGAAGCAAAAGAUCGGUUCAAUAUUGCUAAAGACAUCAGCAGGUUACAGGUUGCUCUGACAGGAGCUUUGGGAAAAAGGACACGAUUCCAGGAAAAUUACGUGGCACAGCUGAUUCUAGAUGUCAGGAGAGAAGAGGACGUCCCUUCCGGUCGUGAGUUCAGCCCAGCACCCACCCCCCAGGAAUACUUAACCAAGAAUCUUGAGCUCAACGAUGAUACUGUUCUGAAUGAAAUCAAGUUAGCCGACAGUGAACGGUUUGAGAUGCCUGACCUGUGUGCUGAAGAACUUGCUGUCAUCCUUGGAGUCUGCACAAAUUUCCAGAAGAACAACCCAGUUCAUAAGCUAACGGAGGAGGAGCUGUUGGCCUUCACUUCGUGUUUACUUUCACAACCGAAGUUCUGGGCCAUUCAGACGUCAGCCUUGAUCCUGCGGACAAAGCUUGAGAGAGGAAGCACGCGGAGAGUGGAGCGGGCCAUGAGGCAGACGCAGGCUCUUGCAGACCAGUUUGAAGAUAAAACUACACCUGUGCUGGAACGUCUGAAGAUCUUCUAUUGCUGUCAAGUGCCCCCUCACUGGGCUGUCCAGCGCCAGCUUGCAGGUUUGCUCUUUGAGUUGGGAUGUACCACUUCAGCCCUUCAGAUAUUUGAGAAGCUGGAGAUGUGGGAAGACGUGGUCAUCUGUCACGAAAGGGCUGGGCAGCAUGGGAAGGCAGAAGAGAUCCUUCGGCGAGAACUGGAGAAAAAGGAAACGCCAAGCUUGUAUUGUUUGCUUGGAGAUGUCCUGCAAGACCACUCCUGCUAUGACAAGGCCUGGGAGCUGUCGCAACACCGAAGUGCGCGUGCCCAGCGCUCCAAAGCCCUCCUCCAUCUUCGGAACAAGGAGUUUCGGGAAUGUGUGGAGUGCUUUGAACGCUCAGUGAAGAUUAAUCCCAUGCAGCCAGACCCUUUCAGCUCUUCCCUCUGUCUGAACAUGCCCACCCCCUUGCUGCUGCUUCUCUGUCUGCGUCAAGACAGCCUUUGGGGAAGGAGCUAUGCACUGCGUGUUCUGAAGCUUGGGGUCUGGUUUUCUCUAGGCUGUGCCUACUUGGCCUUGGAAGAUUACAUGGGCUCAGCGAAGGCGUUUCAGCGGUGUGUGACCCUAGAGCCUGAUAAUGCUGAGGCUUGGAACAAUUUAUCCACUUCUUAUAUUCGAUUGAAACAAAAAGUCAAAGCUUUUAGAACUUUACAAGAAGCUCUCAAAUGUAACUACGAACACUGGCAAAUCUGGGAAAACUAUAUUCUCACCAGCACCGACGUCGGGGAGUUUGCGGAAGCCAUUAAAGCUUACCACCGGCUUCUGGACCUACGAGACAAAUACAAAGAUACUCAGGUCCUUAAGAUUCUGGUCAGGGCAGUGGUUAAUGGUCUGACCGAUCGAAGUGGAGACGUUGCCUCCAGCCUCAAAGGCAAGCUGCAGGAGUUGUUUGGCAGAGUGACCUCAAGAGUGACCAACGAUGGAGAAAUCUGGAGGCUGUAUGCCCAAGUACAUGGAAACGGGCAGAGCGAGAAGCCUAAUGAGAACGAGAAGGCAUUCCAGUGUCUCUCGAAGGCCUACAAGUGUGACACACAGUCCAACUGUUGGGAGAAAGAUGUUACAGCAUUUAAGGAAGUUGUUCAAAGAGCCGUGGGACUCGCACAUGUGGCUAUAAAAUGUAGUGAGAGCAAGUCCAGUCCUCAGGAAGCUGUGCAAGCACUCUCCUCAGUUCGGCUCAAUAUACGUGGUUUGUUGUCCAAAGCCAAGCAGAACUUUACAGAUGUGGCAAGUGGAGAAGUCUCCGGAGAGCUAGCCAAUGAAAUAGCAGCUAUGGAUGCUCUGCAGGCCGAGCUGCAGGACCUCAGCAACCAGCUUCGAAACCAGUACUGACUGUGCUAGAAGCAGUUUGUGGCAAAGGCACCUUUGACUUCUUGAUUCCCUCCAGUGCCUGUGUAUCUGAAACACAAGAUACGGAUUUUUAAAAUAAAUUUGUUUGCUGGCAAACAGGCUUAUUUUGUGAUGUUCUCAGAUGUUAGUAGUUCUGAAGUUCAUUAAACAGAAAUGUUGGUUGUA